GAUUCAUCCUUGUGCAGAUUUGGAAUUACAACUCACUGCAAUAUGGAGUUUAAAGGCUUUACUGAAACAACCGAUCAGGAUUAUGCUAACCAUAAUGUCAGCCGAUUAGAAGAGAAGUUUAAUUUGAUACCCAUUCUGAGCGAUGCGCAAUUUGAUAUUUUCGAAGGGAAAUACUACUUGGAACCAGUUUGGAAAGGGAUAAGAGGUGCCUAUGGAGGUGAACCAAUUGCUCAAGGAUUAGCAGCCAUAUUGGAGACGGUCACUGACGAUUAUUACCCCCAUUCAUACCAUUGUUAUUUUUUAAAGCCAGCCAGUACCGAAUCUCCCAUUAGAUGGCAGGUUGAAAAAUUAUCAAACGGUCGAACUUUUUCCACUAGAAUAGCUAAAGGAUAUCAAAAACACAAUAAUAAUCUAAUUUUCCUAAUAAAUGCCUCCUUGACUAAGAAUAAUGAUAUCAAACAAAAUCAAUUAGCUUACGCAAAGUUGCAAAAACAAAAACCUGAUAAAAUCGAUAAAAUCCCGGUUCCUUACGAAUUUGCUAGUGCUCCAAAUGAUCUUUUCUAUAAAUAUAAAGAUAAUCUAGACACCAUGAAAGCAAUACUCCACACGAAUGGUAAUAUAUACCAGAUAUUACCACCGGAUUUUGAAAACCCUCCAUCGAUGAAAGCAAUGAGCCACCCCAGAAUCGGAAAUCGCUCCUUGGGUGUCUUUGUAAAAGCAGUUGAUGACUUGACAAAAUCAACAAACAUUGCAAAAUCAAAGUCAAUUGAUUUUGCCUACAUUCUGGAUGCUAUGUACUUAUCGUUUUUACCAGUAGCAAUGGGUAUUCCUCUAAACAUAAAGACGUUCUCCUUCUUCAGAGUCUCCUUGGAUCACUCCGUUUGGGUCCAUGACUCCAACUUUGAUCCUACCCAGUGGCUCUUUUUCGACUUUGUCUUCUCCCGUCUUCUGAAUAACCGAGUUAUCAUCCACGGCCGGGUUUUCACCCUCGAUGAACGCUUGGUUGCUUCCUUCUCCCAAGAAGCCCUCGUAUACAUCCCAAAACAGGUUGCCAAUGAUGCAAACGAUGGUAAAUAUAAGCUAUAGCUACAUAUAUCUAACAUACAACAUGUGAAUAACCGAGUUUGUAGAUUAAGCCGAGUAUCUCAGAUAAAUCGAUGGAGUAUCAUGUGAAUCUUUUUCCGCAGCC